AUGUCCGACAUCGACGAACGACCCUCUAAAAUACGCAAAGUCGCACCUACCGACGAUGCAUCGACUUCUACCGAUUCAAUUGCCCCCAAUUUCAAUUCCAAUGACAUAACAAAGCAGCUCGAAACUUCAAUAAGUACUGAAGAUGCCCCCGCUAAUCCCGAGUCCACCACUAUAGCCAAUUCAAAUGAGCCCAAUCCCCUCUCAAAAUCGCAAUUGAAAAAGCGCAGGAAGCAGGAAGAAUGGGAAGCCAACAAAUCCAAACGUACCGAAUUCCGGCGCAUCAAGCGCAAAGAAAAACAGGCUCGUAAAGCUGCGGCUCAAGCAGCUGGACUGCUACCUCCCCCUCCACCUUCCUCAUCCCGUCGACCUAUUCAAGUCCCAGUUUCUUUCCUUAUUGAUUGUGAUUUUGAAUCCUAUAUGAUGGAAAAAGAAAUCAUAUCAUUGACAGCGCAAGUAACACGCUGUUAUAGUGAUAAUCGAACUGCAGUUUGCAGAGGACAUAUGGGAAUAUCGGGAUGGGGAGGCAAAAUGAAGGAGAGAUUUGAAGGAGUAUUGGCAGGUAAUUUUAAUAGUUGGAAGGGAGUUAAAUUUUUGGAGGAGGGCUGGAUGGAGGCAGCGGGUAUUAUGGAUGGACUUAUGAGGGGACCUGAAGGCGGGAAGUUGCUAGGUGCUUUGGCGACAGAAAAUGGACUCGAGGAAUACAAGAAACCGCGCAGAGGAUCAAAGAAGUUGGAAGCAGAAUCAGCGGAAGCUGUACAGCUAGAAGUUGAUGAACAGCUAAAUCCAACCAUUCCAGAAGCCUCAGAAGCCUCAGACUCUACACCCGCAACCAAUCCCUCAUCCACCACUCCAAAUAUAGUCUACCUCUCUUCCGACUCCGAAAACACCCUCACUACUCUCUCCCCAUACACAACCUAUAUAAUCGGCGGCAUAGUCGACAAAAAUCGUCACAAAGGCCUUUGCUACAAACGGGCUUGCGAUGCGGGUAUCCCAACCGCAAAGUUACCCAUUGGAGAAUAUAUGACUAUGCAAAGUCGGACCGUGUUGACUGUGAAUCAUGUUAUGGAGAUCAUGAUAAGGUGGUUAGAGACGGGUGAUUGGGGAAAGGCUUUCUUGAAGGUUAUCCCUAAGAGGAAGGAGGCGAAGUUAAAGACCAAGGGGAAGAAUGCCGGGGCAGAGGGCGAGGAAGAUAAUGAGGAAGAGGACGAAGAUGAGCUGGAUGAGAACGAGGAGGAAAAGAGUGGAUAUGAGAGCGAAGAUGGUGAUGAGGGUGGAGUUUCUCUUGAAGCCGAAAAACGGGCAGAGGAGCAACAAGCAUUGGAUAAGGAAGAAGGAGAUGAUACCACAGUUUGA